UCUUCUGUUCCCCGGGUCUUUGUCUCACCCUGGAAAAGAGGCUUCAUCUCCCUAUGCUGUUCUGUGAGGAUAAUGAUACUGCCCCACCUCAGAGGGGCUGGUGACAUCUCUCGUCUUAGCCCGAUCCCUUUUCACAGCACCUGGCUUUGGCUGCACCCAGCUGUGUGUCUAGCACCGCAGCCGGAUCUGUCUCCAGUCUUUAGUUUAAAUGAUCUCCAAAUCCAGCUGCUGCGGACACGCUCGUUAGCAGUCCAGGUUAGUGUCAUGCCUUGCAAACACCAUGGAAAUGGGGAAACUGCUCGGAGAACUGGUAACAUACCAGUCCUGGGAGCAGAGCAGAGACGUGCACCAAGACAGAUGCCCAUUCAGACUAUUGCCUCCCAUGUCCUGAGUCUGCCUGGAGCUUUUCUCCCUAAUCCCCCCCAAGUUAACACCUCCUCACCCCUCCACCCGAUCCAAUUGCCAAGCCUCUAAUAUCCGUGUGGGGAAGGACACAAGUUAAUGCACGUGGGCAGCCCUGCCACCUGCGACCCCGUGGUCUGUAACUUCUCCAGAAUCCCAGGCAAGCCCUUGUCUCUUUGGCCAGGUCCCUUAAAAGCGGGGAGGAGGCCCUCAAACAGCAUAGCGUCGAUCGUGAGGGCUAAACAGGCAAAACCAGGCCACUAUUUUUCUUCCUCACGUGUGCUCCAGUGAGAGGCCCUGUCCCAGCGAAGUACCCCACUUAGGGCAGUGUGCGAACACAGCACACGCCUUGAGGGGAUGAGCCUGGAGCUGAAGAGAGGCUGGAGGAUUGCAAAGCAACGAGCCGUGCGGCCCUGGCCGUCAGGCUGGGAAUGAGCCACGAGGCCUGGCACUUCCCUUAAUGGCGCCUUCAGCCGCAGCUGGCAUCUGGUGGUGGGGGGGGCUGAAGGAUGCGUCUCCGCAGAGGACGGGGGAGGAAUUCAGGCUAAACAACGGUUGUAGCAAAAAACAAAAUCCCGCUCUGGUGGCGCAGCUGUGGGUGAAAUCCUGCCCCCACCGACUUCAAAGGGGCUUUGCGCUGAGUGGCUCCAGGCUUGGCGAGUGAACGGCCCACCCCCGCUCUCCAUCACUGCUUCCUUCGAGGGCUCAGCGUCUCCUUACACCCGCGCCAAAUGAGCGGCAGGACAAGCAGCUGGCUGGAAUCUUGCCCUGGUCCCUGACCCAUGGGAGCAGCGAGUGUGCGGCAGACCAGGGUGGCCCAAAGGCCUGGGGGGGCCGUUCCUCGCCGUGGCGGGUGUGGCCAUGGGGGCGCGAGCGAGCAGCCGGAUCGCUGGGCGCAGCCAUGAAGGUGGAGCUGUGCCUCCUGCUCGCCGUCCUUGCGACCCCCGGCCUCGCCAGGCCGGACGCCCGCCAGCUGGGCAGCGCGCCGGGCCCUGAGGAGCUGGCACGGAGCAGCAGCGGGCCUGACCCUGUCCGGAGAGACUUGCUCGGGGCCCUGUCUCAGGACCAGAAGCACCUCAUGGCCAAAUUCCUGCCCCACAUCUAUGCAGAGCUGGCAAACCGGGAGGGCCACUGGUACAAGGACAACGCCCUGGGCCCCCUGCACGACCGCGAUUAUCCCGGCUGGAUGGACUUCGGGCGCAGGAGCCUGCCCACUUCUAAUGAGGCCGCCUAGAGGAGCAGCAACCUGGGUGGCCUGGCUCCGCCCUGCCAGAGGGGGCGGGGCCAACACAGCAGGCUCCGCCCUGUUACAGAGUUUGAAGCAUCUCACACUUGAUCUUGUCUUCAAAGCCUUUGGCUGCUGCUCCCCAAUAAAAUCUGCUCCAUGUA